CGUGGCUGUGGCUGUGGCCGUGGCGGCAGCUCUCGCGGUGUUUGCGCGGCUCUCCCCCUGCCCUCCGGGAUCCCCCCUCCCCUCAGCUCCGCUACCCUCCCCUCCCCGCCGGGAGAAUAUGGUCGCCGGCGAUGGACGCCCCCAGUGCAGGAAGAGCCUUUGAGGACUUUAUUGAAGCCCUAAAUGAGAGUUCAGAUAACAAGUUCUUCAAUCUUCCUAAACUUGGAGGCACCAAGUAUGAUGCUCUGCCUUAUUCCAUACGGGUACUGCUGGAAGCCGCCGUUCGAAAUUGUGAUGGCUUCCUAGUAAAAAAGGAAGAUGUUAUGAAUAUUUUAGAUUGGAAGAAUAAACAGAACAAUGUUGAAGUGCCCUUUCUCCCUGCCCGGGUUCUCCUUCAAGAUUUUACUGGGAUACCAGCGAUGGUGGAUUUUGCUGCUAUGAGAGAAGCAGUGAAAAGUCUUGGGGGAGAUCCUAAGAAUGUCCAUCCUGCCUGCCCUACAGAUCUCACUGUGGACCAUUCUCUGCAAAUUGACUUCAGUAAAUGUGCAAUACAAAAUGCUCCAAAUCCUGGAGGUGGUGACCUGCAGAAAACAACAGGCAAACUUUCUCCACUUAAAGUCCAGCCUCGAAAAGUCUCUUGCAGAGGCCAGACCGUCUGCCGAGGGCCGUGUGAUACUGGAGAACUGGGCCGCAACUCAGGAAAAUUUUCUGCGCAGAUUGAGAACACACCUCUCCUGUGUCCUUUUCAUUUACAACCAGUGCCUGAGCCUGAAACAGUGUUAAAAAACCAAGAGGUAGAAUUUGGCAGAAAUCGAGAGAGGCUCCAAUUUUUCAAGUGGAGUUCAAAAGUUUUUAAGAAUGUGACUCUAAUUCCCCCUGGAACUGGAAUGGCCCAUCAAGUAAAUUUGGAGUAUUUGUCGAGAGUGGUGUUUGAAGGAGAGAAUGUAUUCUUCCCAGACAGUGUGGUUGGAACAGAUUCUCACAUAACGAUGGUGAAUGGCUUGGGCAUCCUGGGGUGGGGAGUUGGUGGCAUCGAGACAGAAGCAGUCAUGCUUGGUCUCCCAGUCUCUCUUACUUUGCCAGAGGUGGUCGGGUGUGAGUUGAUUGGGUCGUCAGGUUCUUUGGCGACAUCCAUAGAUGUGGUUCUUGGUAUUACAAAGCACCUCAGACAAGCAGGAGUGGCUGGAAAGUUUGUUGAGUUCUUUGGGAGUGGCGUUGCUCAGCUCUCGGUGACUGACCGAACCACAAUAGCAAACAUGUGUCCUGAAUAUGGUGCUAUUCUGAGCUUUUUCCCUGUUGAUAAUGUGACACUAAAGCACUUAGAACAUACAGGUUUUGACAGAGACAAGCUUGCAUCAGUGGAAACGUACCUUAAAGCUGUGAAGUUGUUUAGAAGUGACCAGGAUUCUCCGGCAGAGCCCGAGUAUUCUCAGAUAAUACAGAUUAAUCUGAACUCUAUAAUUCCAUCUGUCAGUGGUCCAAAGAGGCCCCAGGAUCGAGUGGCUGUGAGUGAUAUGAAAAGUGAUUUCCAGGCUUGCCUAAAUGAAAAGGUUGGAUUUAAAGGCUUUCAGAUUGCCGCUGAAAAACAAAAUGAUGUCGUGCCUAUUCAAUAUGAAGGAAUUGAGUAUGAAUUGUCUCAUGGAUCUGUUGUCAUUGCUGCAGUGAUCAGCUGCACCAACAACUGCAAUCCAUCUGUCAUGCUUGCUGCAGGUCUGUUGGCGAAAAAAGCUGUUGAAGCUGGUCUCCGGGUUAAACCUUACAUCAGAACAAGCUUAUCUCCUGGCAGUGGGAUGGUUACUCAUUACCUCAGUUCAAGUGGAGUGUUACCGUACCUUAGUAAACUUGGGUUUGAAGUAGUUGGUUAUGGAUGUUCAACCUGCGUUGGAAAUACAGCUCCCUUGCCAGAAACUGUUCUGAAUGCAAUAAAAGAGGGUGACUUAGUUGCCUGUGGGGUGUUAUCUGGCAACAAGAAUUUUGAAGGUCGUCUUUGUGACUGUGUCCGUGCCAACUACCUUGCCUCGCCACCUCUGGUAGUAGCUUAUGCCAUUGCAGGAACAGUGAAUAUAGAUUUCCAGACAGAGCCUUUAGGUACUGAUCCUCAAGGCAGAAACAUCUACCUACAUGACAUUUGGCCUAAUCGAGAAGAGCUUCAUAAAGUAGAGGAAGAACAUGUGAUAUUCUCUAUGUUUAAAGAAUUAAAAGAAAAAAUGGAGAAGGGAAAUAAGCGAUGGAAUUCCUUAGAUGCACCAGAUUCUGUUUUAUUCCCGUGGGAUUCAAAAUCUACUUAUAUCAGAUGUCCAUCCUUUUUUGAUAAACUUGCCAAAGAGCCAGUUUCACUGCAGCCUAUUGAAAACGCCCAUGUCUUGCUCUAUUUGGGAGACUCUGUCACAACUGAUCAUAUAUCGCCUGCUGGAAGCAUUGCCAGGAGUAGCGCUGCUGCUAAGUAUCUCACAAACAGAGGCCUUACACCUCGUGAAUUCAAUUCCUACGGAGCCCGGAGGGGUAAUGAUGCUGUGAUGACGAGAGGAACCUUUGCAAAUAUCAAGCUCCUCAAUAAGUUCAUUGGAAAACCAGCUCCCAAAACGGUCCACUUUCCAUCAGGACAGACGCUGGAUGUGUUUGAAGCUGCAGAAUUGUACCAGAGAGAAGGCAUUCCCUUAAUUAUUUUAGCAGGGAAGAAAUAUGGCUCUGGAAAUUCAAGAGACUGGGCUGCCAAAGGACCAUAUUUGAUGGGUGUGAAAGCUGUGGUAGCUGAGAGUUAUGAAAAGAUUCACAAAGACCAUUUGAUUGGAAUCGGCAUCGCUCCACUGCAGUUUCUUCCAGGAGAAAAUGCCAGUUCCUUGGGCCUCUCUGGCAGAGAGCAGUUUUCUUUUUCAUUCCCUGAAGAUCUGUCGCCGGGAGUCACCUUAAACGUAAAGACAAGCACUGGAAAAGUAUUCAGCGUGAUUGCUUCAUUUGAAAAUGAUGUGGAAAUAACAUUAUACAAACAUGGUGGAUUAUUAAACUAUGUGGCUCGAAAAUUCUCCUAGUAUCUACUGAACAUGGAUCCCCUUCCAUAAUUGGUAACUGCAAAUGCCUUGUGUGAUGGACCUAGGAAUCCAUACCAUGGAGCUACAAACAGUUGCUGUAUGCUCAGUUAUCUCAUCCAUGGGUGUAAAUGAUUGUGAAUCAUCGUAGUGACCACAAUGAGAUCUUUCUUGAUUUUAAAUACUAUACGAAUGGUGCUAUUAACAUUGCUAAAAUCAGCCUAAGUGUGUUGUGGAAGAGAGCUGUAAGUAUGGGGGGAUGGGGUGGGGGGGAUAUUUUAUCAAACCAUUUUGUAAAUAAACAAGGUGGAGUUUGAACUUGAAUUGUGGUGAAGACUAUUAUGUAAGAGCAGCCUUCCUGCAGUUGUUUUCCUUUAGUUUUGCACCUUUAAAACUGGGUACUACUGUUUGUUGGUUUAAGAGUAACAGAUUUACGAAUGAGAAGCCAAAUCAGAUUAAUGAAUUCUGAAAGCUGAGAAGCUGGGAUCUAAAUGGACUUUGAACUUUGAUUCUGUAGCCUUAGAAUUGAGGUAAGCAAAGCUGGUGUACUUAGGUAGGUGUCUGCUCUAGUUUGGAAAUAGAGGCCAGAGCUAGCUUCAGCCGUCGUCCAAGGGACAUGCUCUUAAGAAACAGGGUUUUGUGUAGGGGAGGAUGGGCCUUUCCAGAUUGCUUUUAGCUAUGAGGAUCCAGGAGGAAGGUGACACUAGCCUAUUCCACAGUAGUCCAACAUGUUACCUCCAGAUGUUUUGUAAUUUGUUGGUUAAACUGCAAGGCAGGAUCAUAGAAUCACAGAUGAAACAGAAGUUAUCCACCUUCAUGGGAGACUUUUACUUCCAGAUACACAUCAUUUACCAAAAACUUACCUUUUUACUGUUGUUCAGGAUCUGAGAAAGGAACUAUUUAUUUGACCAGACAACUCUAAAAAUGAUCUCCAGGCUUUCAGAGAUGGCCUAAAAUCCUAGCCGAUGUUCAGUCUAAGGUGGGAAGUGGCUGAGCAAUUGUAGCAGUUUUUAUUUUAACAUUUGGGUCAUCUUUUGAAUUUUUUAAAAACAUUUUCUGUUGCUUUGAGGCAUCCUUUUAUUUCUUUGGGUCGGCAUUCGUACUAAUUGUGUUAUCACCCUCUUUGAGGGCAGCAGUGUUUAACCUAUUCUGAACACUCUUGUCUUUCAAGCAUAUAUUCUUGCUUACCAGAAUGAAUUCCUUGAUAUAACCCAAAGAAGCUGGACCACUUUUCUAUUACCCAAGGGGUUAGAUGAUUAUUUCUGAAGCUUUUAUAAGUUAUUUUAAAUUUAAGGAAUUUCAUUUUAAGAAGUAAAACUGAGUGAAAGGAAAAGUAAUGUAGUAUUCACUUUGAAAUAUUGUUAUUGCAAUUUUAAAUCAAUUAACAUUGCAUAUAUAAGGAAUGAUAAAACCCUUCUGACUAUUUAAACCAGUGGACAGGGACCACUGAGUAACUAUUGCACAGAAUUACCAGUGUGAGAGUUUACAGAUAAGUCAUAAAUAUAUAUUUGGCUGAUCAAAUGUGCUAGGUUGAAGCUAAGUGAUUUUUCUUCUCCCAUCCCUCGCCUUUCCCUUCCCACCACUCACAUGCACUAAAAACAAAUUCUCAUCUGAUAAUACUCGUUUCCUGUCACCUUUAAACCAUAUUGUUUUUUCUAUACUUUAUCAUUCUCCUGUAUAUCCUUGUCAGUGUGUUUUUUCAUUUACGUGGAAACAUGUUGUAGUUGGAAUUGUUACAUUCUAAAUGUUAAAAUAGCCUUGGCGAUUUUCAGAAGGAAGUACUUGACUUCCGCAGUUGCAGAUCAUUUGGAGACAAGUCUUUAUAAACUUGAGACCAUCCUGCAGCCUCUGAGGAGAGCUACGAACACGCACGAGUCAACUGUCCACCCGGCCGAGGCCAUUUUGAAUUCUCCACUAGGAAUAAAGCAUUUACAGCUCGACGUCUAGUCCCUGUGGCCGUUGUUGUGGUCAGCGAGCCUUAAUUUGCUGUCUAAUCCCACUUCUCUUGAUCUGAUAUUUGUAUAUUGCAAGUAGAAUUUCCUUUCCUGGAAGGUGGCUAGAUCUUCCUUCUCAGGAAGAACUGCUGUUGGCCAGCUCUUUGUUCCAUGAGGAAAUCCUGGCAUUCAGUGCUGUUUGUGUGUGUGUCCCUUUAGUUAUCGAUGUUUCUUGCAUAGAAGUCGCCUCUUGCACACUGAAACUAGAAGAAAUAAAGUAAUGUUUAAGGAAAGGAAGACCUGUGGACAUGUCACAGAAGCACCUCAGGGUUUGUGAUCUCAAGUACACUUGUAAAAGCCCAUCAUCACCUGAAAUGGUGUGUUGUUUUUUUUUUACUUUAACAGUAAAUUAUGCUAAGUGGAAUGCCCAAUUUCAUGACUUAUAGGUCUGCUGCUCUUUGAUAUGAAAUCAGUGAAAAAGCUCUCUUGUUCAGCCAUGAGUAACCACACCGACCCCGAUAGUUGUAGUUGUCUGUUCAGUGACUCUGACCGACUUCUGAAGGGAAGGGGCUGCAUGCCUGUGCUUCAGAGGGCAGGAGUGAGGUCCCCACAGCCUUGCUUUGUUGUGCACGUGGGGGGAGGGAGUACAUUCCUAUGGAAAUGAAGCCCAGACAGCCCAGCUGCUGCCUACGUGGCCUGGAAGAUUUCCCAUCUUGUUAGGACAAGUGUUGCACCUGCCUAUAGUAGGGUGGAAAGAAGUUAUUUGGCCACUGUGUGGGCGUGGCCCCAAUUAAAAGGCAACUUUUUUCUUUUGGCAUUUAAUUUAUCUUUGAGGGUGGCAGAGGGAACAAAAUGGACACCCUAAGCCUUCCUUGGUUUGUUUGAUUUGGGAGAACAAACCAAAAAAUAUUAUUUGGGCUUUUGAAAUGUUUAUUCCCAAAGUUGUGAUAGUGUUGCUGUUUCUAUCCAUUUGACAUCUAGUAUAUGGCUAUAGAACCAUAUGUAUAGUAAUCACAUUUGAGUAAUUGCAAAUCGAUGUCUACUGUUUAAAGCCAACAAAACAGUAUAACAGUUUUAAGUUCAACAAUGUUAAGUAUUGUAUAGAAAUAUAUCUGGAGGCAAAGUUCAAUUGAUGACAAUUGUGCAUAUAAUGUU